AUGCUAGAAGUGAUUGAUUACGAUGGCCAAUCUUAAAACUUUAAUUAAUGUCCAAUUUGUUAAGAACAAAAAGAAGAUAAUUUUGAAUUAGGGUGUAAACAUAAAUUUUGCAGGUUUAUUUAUUAAUAAUAUUAGAAAAUGUUUAGAAUAGUAUUUAAAUGUAAAGAUAGAUGAAGGAAUAGUAAUGUAAAUUAAAUGUCCUACCUGUCAUUAUUAACUCUAAUAUGAAGAAGUUGUUUUAAAUAUUUAAUAAAAUGAACUUGAUAAAUAUGCAAAAUUUAGAACAUUAUAAUUUGGUGAGAAUGAUCCCACUUUAAGACAUUGUCCAAAUAAAUUAUGUGAAUUAUAUGUUCAGUUGGAUUCCAAAAGAUGUUUAUGUGGAUAGGAUAUUUGUGUAGAUUGUGGGAAUAAAUAUCAUGGUCUCAGUAGUUGUGAUUAAUUGAUGGACUAAAUAUUUGUAUUAGAUAGUAGGCAAGAAAAAAUUUAAAGAUGUCCAAAAUGCAAAAUUGUUGUACAAAAAGAAGGUGGAUGUAAUCACAUGACAUGUAAGAGAUGUUAAUAUUAAUUCUGUUGGAUAUGCAGAAGAUAAUAUACAUGUAUAUUGUUCAUAAUAAUAUUAUAGCAUAACAUUAUGAUAAUUACAAUUAUUUUUUUGGGUGUCCAAAUAUGUAAUACUCAAAUAGUAUGCCAUGGAAGUAUCCAACAUUAAAUAAAAUAAUGCCUUUUCUAUUGGUCUUCUUAUUAUCACCCAUUUGGAUAGUUUUAGGAGUUAUCGCACUUAUAGCACAUCCUCUCUAUGGAUCCUAUUAUAUAUUUACUCGAUGGGAUAAUGAAGCAGUUGGUAGGUAUACUAAUGUAUAAACCUUAGGUUGAGAAAAGUCCAAUUGUUGAUGGUAUUUUUUUUUGUUUAUUUGAUUGGAGGAAUAGUUCUAUACCCUUUUGUAGUUUUGUACGAAUGCAUAAUGAUUAUCUAUUUUUUAGUGUCCUUACUAGUCAGAUUCUAUAAGAGGCUUAGGAAUUUUUGAUUAAUUUAUUUAUUCUAAUGUUUCAAUAACGAUUUGAUUAUCUCAGAUUACCUAAGCAAGUUGCCGAUAAUAUUAUAUUAAAUCGUAAGAUAAUAUUCUAUUCUCUAUAGCUAGUAGUAUCAAGAUUGGAACUGGUUAAAAUGCUGUUAGAAAGAUCUUUAAAAUUUAGGAUUAUGAUUAAUUUGAAAGGAUGCAAAUUAAUUAAUUGAUAUCAGCUCUUUAAAGGAAUGAAAAAUAUGAUUAAAAGGAUUAUCCUGAAAGUUUAUUGUUAAGAUAUCUUUAUGCUAAUAAAUUUGAUAUCCAAUCUACUUUUAAUGUAUCAAGUAAUAUUAAGCUAGUAAUUGGCUUAAACAAAUAACAUAUUAUUUUAACCUGGUUAUCUUGAUUUAACUAAUGAAAUUGAAGCCUUAUAUGUAAUAUUAUAAAAAUAAUCUUAUAGUCUAAUGGAGCCAUAUAUAUAGAAGGAAGAACUAGGAAUCAUAUUCCUUGUAUUGUAGUAUCAACAAAAUGGAUAGAUGAUUUGAUUUUAUUUGAAAGGGCAGCUGUAUUAUUAUGUGCAUUAGUUGAAGAUUAUAUGUUUUAUUAAGGUAAGGUGGAAUCUUGGAUUGCUAUAAUUUAGACUAAAGAUUAAAGUGCUUUUAAAAUGCCAUUGGAUAGGAUAUUUUAGAUUAUUCAAAUAUUGUAAAUAUGUUUCCCAAAUACUUGUGAAUCAAUUUAUAUAUUAAAUACAACUCUAUCUAUUAAUUUAUUAUGGUCUUAAAUAGAAUGUAAUAAAAUUAUCAUAAAUUAGAAUGUAUUGAUCCAGUUACAUUAAAUAAGAUUAAAUUUUUGAAAGACAAAGAAUUAACCAUUCUUACUAAUCAAUUCGAUCUCAUGCAUUUAGAAUAAUCUUUUGGUGGUUAGAAAAUAAUAAAAUCAUAUUGGCCACCUGAUCCAAAUGAUUAUAUCUAUGAUUUGCCUUAAUAAUAACCAAUCUAUGAAGAGGAACCUUAAGUAUUUUACACUUAACCCUCCAAUAAUUUAUAGUAUCUAAAUCAAGCUCCACCACUAGAAAAGGAAAUUGAAUCUUCUCUCCUUUAAAAUAAUCAAGUUUAACCACUUAAUAUUGAAUAAUAAUCUUAAUAAUUACCUUUAACAUCAACAGAGAAGAAAAAAAAGUGUAUCUGUGUUAAGUGUUCUCGAGAUCUAAAUGAAGUUGCAUCUUAACCUCGUCAACCCAAAUAAUUAGAAUCCUAACCUAUAGAAACACCUAAUCAACCAAAAUAAUUAGAAUCCUAACCUAUAGAAACACCUAAAAUCCCCUAAUAAUUAUAAUCAGAAUAAAUUCGACAGAUAAGUGAACCAAAGGAAUUGGAUGAUACUUAUGUACCUUAUGAGAGAUAAUAUGAUAGUGUUCUUAAUGAUUCAUAUUAGAUAAAUCCUUAAAAUGUUAAUGAAUCUCUAUAAGAGAAUAAAAAUCAGAAUAAUCAGCCAUAAAUUAGUGGAAAUGAAACUUAAUUAUAAAAAUAAUAAAAUUAAUAAUAAACAGAAUCAAAAUAAUAAUAAAGAGAAUCAAAUUAAAAAUAAAAUAAACCAUCAUUAAAUAAUUCUGUUAUUGUUUCUUAAUCUUAGAAUGGAUCUUAAUAUUAAUCAUAAAAAUAAUAGCCAUAAAAUUCUAAUUAUGUAAAUAAAGAGAUAUAAGCUAAUAUGGAUGAUACAUUAAUAGAUGAUAAACCAGAUUAUUAACCUAAGUAUGUGAGUAAACAUAGUAGACCAAAUUAAAUUUCUCAAUCUAGUAGAAUUAAUAAUAAUAAUCCAAAUUUCAAUAAUUUUAUUAAUUAGCCCAGUUAUAAUCCUUUAAAUCAAUCUUUGUAGUCUUAAGUACCUAAUACACAGUAAUAGCUAUCUUAAUAAAAUAUACCAAUAAUUUCAUAAUAACCAUAGAGUUAAUAGCAAAUUGCAGAUUAAAUUAGAAAUGAUGGGGUUAUAUAAUAAUCUGUAAAUGUAUUGGAUUAAAAUAACUACUUAAAUAAUACUUAAUCAUAUUAUACUCCUCAGAUUUCAAGCGAUCCAAAAAAGAAAUAUGAUUUCAGUUAAUGGGAUAAAUAUAAUGUUAUAAAAGAUCCAUAUCCAAUUUAAUCAUACACCUCUCCCUCUAAUAACUAAAUGAAUCCUUAUUUAUCAACAAUUCCUAUCAAAGAUAAUGUAAUUGGGGCAGAAACUUAUAACAAGUUGUAUGAUAACACAGAGGAUUAUAAACCAGGAGAGUUUAAAUCAUCCACAUAUAAUUUUACACCAUAUGAUUUCAAAUAUAGUGAUUAAUAAUACUAACCUAGAAUUGAAAACACAACAAAAUCGAAUAGGUAAGAGUAUUCUUAUUUUAAAUAGCACACCGCAAUCAUAUCAAUAAAAGCCAGGGUCGCAAGCAUGUCAAAUCUUUUGA